UGACACCUCAAGACUCACAGACCAGGGCUGGCGUCUUAUUCACCGUGUCUGCCUACUUGCCGGGAAUCUUUGAUUUCUUACUCGUCGUGCUUCGCCGCUGGGCUGCCCUCUCGCCUGCUUUGUUUCCAUUAAGCCCUACGAUGCGCCCGGGGGGCUCUCAGCUCUCCGCGGCCAACCCAACUGCGCUCACUCACUCACAACACCUUUGACAGGCGAAGCACUCGGUCGGGGACGGUUGAAGCGUUCACCCGUCAGCAUGUCGGACCAGGCGAUUCUGCGCAUUACUCGUGAGAUCAAGCAAAUCCAACAGGGCUCAGAUCUGUCGCUUGCUGUCGCGUGCCAGGAUUCAGAUAUCCGGAAAGUGCAGGCCUUGGUCGUGGGGCCCCCGGAGACGCCGUACGAGUUUGGGUUCUUUGAGUUUUCGAUCAAGUUUGGGCGAAACUACCCUGCACACCCUCCCACGGUCCAAGCGGUGACUACAAAUGGUGGAAGAUGUCGGUUCAAUCCGAAUAUUUAUGCCUCGGGGAAAGUCUGCUUAUCAAUUCUAGGAACAUGGAGAGGAGAAAGCGGAGAACAGUGGUCAUCUGCCCAAGGACUGGAGUCGGUUCUGAUCUCGAUACAGAGCCUGAUGUCUUCCAAUCCGUACGAGAAUGAACCAGGAUACGAGAAUGCAACUUCCUCAAAGGACAAGCGAAAUAUGACUAGCUAUGUCGCCAAGAUUCGCCACGAAUCCCUGCGGCUUGCGGUCAUCGCGCCGCUCGAGGCAUCGCUGGGCAUUCGGCCGGAUGGAACGGUUGUUCCACCUGAUGUAGACGACGAGGAGGAGGGCGGCGACCGUGACGCCGACGAUGACGACUCCUUUUCAUCCGAAGACGAAGAAUUCCGCCCGUUUUUUGAUGUGCGAAAGCGGCGGUUCCUAUGGUACUAUGAGUCGUACGUCCGAAGCAUUGACAAGGCCGAACCGGAAGUUCGUGCGCAGCAGCGGUUUGAACGCAUGCCGUUUGAGGGCGAAGGCAACACCAUGGAUGGUCAUUUUGAUUAUCCCGAGCUGCGACGCCGGAUUUCGCUUAUUCGCAAGACCAUCCUUGAUGAGACUCAUCGUUGGGCCUCACAAGGAAAGGUCGCCUUGUUGCGCGAAGCAGGCAUUGCGGUCAACCUCCAGCGCCAGUACGAGCAAAUCCGGGAAGAUCUCAAACGCCGGAACCACUUCACCAUCGAUCUAAAUCUGUCCGAGGCCAACCCGUUCGUCUGGGAGCUGACCUAUUUCGGCCGCCCGAUGACCAAGCUGGACGGAGGCAUCUUCCGCAUCCGCAUCCAUCUGAGCCCGCGCUUCCCAGACGAACAGCCCCGGGUGUUUGUCGAGACAGCGCUGUUCCACUGCCGCGUCUCGCGAGAUGGCGUGCUGUGCUAUUUCCCCAAGCGGUUGGAAGAAAUGCGCUCGCAUAUUGAGGCCAUUGUCGCCGCGCUCGAGGAGGAUGAACCCCCCUACGACCCUCGCAUCACCGUACACCCCGAGGCCUCGCGGCUAUUCUGGGGAUCCCCCGACGAUCGCAAGCAGUAUAACCGUCUGCUACGCCGCUCUGUUGAACGCAGCGCCGAGGACGUGUUCUGAUCGUUGACCACCAUCAUCAACAUCUGUUCCUGGAUCGAAAGGCUGACCGGGAAUCUUUAUGAUAUUCAAAAGAUUUCGCAAUUUGUUUGAAUUUGUUUUUCUUCUUUUUUUUCACGGCAUAUCUCUUCUUAUUUCCUUCUUUUCCUUUCUUUCCCUUUCCCCCUUUUUUUCUCUUUUUUUUCUUUUUAAUCCAAUACCCAGGUCGGUAAAAUAGGUAGCUCUUUGCCUGUCAGGGAGACCACUUUGCUUCAUAUUAGUAACCCGAAAAUUAUCACUGCAAUCCAAUUGAAAUCGAGGU